AUGGACGACUUUUUUAACCGCAUAGGCCGGUCUCCGAUCUUGUCGCCCCGAAACUUCCAAUAUGCUUGCGCCGUGAGCGGCAUCUUUUGUUCCUUAUUCUUCUUUUGCGCCUUCGUGGCUUGCGACUUCCUCCCUCCUAUCCCCGCAAACUGGACCGCGGAGCAGACUGUUCAGCAUUACAAGGACCACAAGAAAGGGAUUGAAGCCGGGUCCGCAAUGUUACUCAUCUCCGGCAUGCUCUACCUUCCCUUGACGGCAGCCAUCUCUGGGCAGAUGCGACGCAUCCCUAACCUCCACUACAGUGUUAAUGCCCUCCAGUUAGCCUCCGGAGCGGCGGGCAUUUUCACUUAUAUGAUGCCGGGCAUGAUCCUUGGGGUCACCAACUACCGCCUCGACCGGCCAGUUGAGAUCACGCAAGUCAUGAACGAAUUGUUCUGGAUCACCUGUUUGAUGCCAUGGCCAACAUUUAUGACGCAAAACUUUGCAUUCGCGUAUGCCAUCCUCAUAGACACCAGGCCAGUCCCGCUCUUCCCGAAACCGGUUGCUCUCGUCAACAUCCUUGCUCCGAUUAUUUUUAUCCCCGGGAUCGCUAUGCACACCGUAUACGAUGGUCCCCUCGCGUGGAACGGGGAACUCACCUUCUGGCUCGCCGGCAUCACAUUUUGUGUUCAGCUGAUCUUCGAUUCGCUUUGCUUAAUGCGAGCCAUCUCAAACGAAAAGCCCGGAGGUGAAAAAAUCGUGGAUAAUUUCCCAACCAGCCUGGAUGAUACGGUUAAAUGUGAGGGUUCGCCUGAGGUUAGCCACGCUGGUGCGUAA